CUUCAGUUCCUACCCGGACCUAAAUAAUCGUUGCACGCGAAAGAGGCAUGGCGUCCUUCGGUCAGAGGCACCAGUGACAUACAUUAUCCAUUUGCCCUUUCGUAUCCAUUUAAGUGUUUUUUUAUGAAGGUGUAUACAUAUUCUUCACAAUGGUGACCAGGACCGUGUGUCGAGCUCUCCAGCGCCGCUUUGCAUCUGCCGCCGCGGCAGUGCGUGCAGCACCUGCUGAGGUCCGCAGCCAGCGCAAUGCCGUCUUCUCCAGAGAGCAGGCCAGGCAGAGAGCUCUGUACCCUCGCCUAGAGAAGAUAGAGGUGUCCAUGCAGGGCCCGGGGAUGGACGGUACAAUGCUCAUCAUGAACAGAGGGAUGUCCACUCCGCUGAGCUGUGCCAGACACCUGACGGAGCAUCACGUGACCAACUCGGCCCUGGCCCUGGUGGACGGGGAACUGUGGUCUCUGCACCAGCCCCUCACCCACUCAUGCUCACUCACUCUGCUCACAUUUAAAGACACCGAUCCAACGCUUGCCAACCAGGCCUACUGGCGUUCCUGUGCUGCGCUGCUCGGCCAGGUGUUGGAGACUGCGUUCAAAGAAGACUUCACUGUGGAGCUGCUCAGCACACUCCAGGUGGCAGUCACUUCAGGAGCUUUCUGCUGUGAUGUGGUGCUCGACCCUCAGCUGGACUCAUGGACUCCCUCAGAGGAGUCGUUGCGGUCUUUUACCCAAGGGACCCAGAAGCUGAUCCACCAGGACCUGGCCUGGGAGCCUCUGGAGGUGGCGCCCUCUGUGGCGCUGGAGGUCUUCUCACACAGCAGGUGUAAACAGGAAGAGGUGGAACAGAAGGCAGCACAAAGUCCCAAAGGCACAGUGAUGCUCAACAGAUGUGGUGACCAUGUGCUGCUGAGUGUGGGCCCUCUGGUGGCCAGAACAGGCCUGUGCUCCCAGUACCUUGUGACAGCCCUCCACAGCCUGGGAGAGGGACCCUGGGGCCUCCAUCGUCGAGCACAGGGCCUCUCCCUUCCUCUGGGGAUGGAGGCUCACCACACAGUCUGGAGGAAACUGAGUGAGCGGGCGAGGAAACUGGUUGAGGUGCCGAAACCGGAAGAAGUAACACCGACCUCUCCUCCUGACUCCACUCAGCCUCCCAGCUCCACCUCCGACCAGCCAGUGACGACCUCUGUGUAACCUUCCACACACACACACACACACUUUAACAUGUAUCUGAUUGUGUUAUUUGUUCAAUAAAUCUGUAAAAAUAUGUGACAAAUCGC